GCGGUGUUCUUCCUGUUCACAACGACAAGCAGCGUGAUGUGCGGUGAACCAGGCGGUGGGAAUCUAACGCACCUACAGUAGAAAGACGUGAGUGUCGGAUAAAAGACGUUUGGCUCGGCUGCUAGACGAAAGACAGAGUAGUGCCUGGCAGACUCGUCACGUAGCCGGCUACACUCUAGUAUUGUCUCCUAGAAAACGGACAAGGAGAAAGAAGGACGUUUCUACAUUUUUUUUUUUACAAAAUAAUCGGAACUACGCAACUACGAUUUUCCUUCAUUCUCCGAGUCAGACGUGUAUUCGAAGGCUUGCCCUGCGCAGGCAGACGGAAAUCGGUUGAAAAUGCCUCCUGUUGAAAAUGACACCGGGAAGAAUGAACUCAAAUCCCGGAUUCAGCAGCUUAUUGACUCAAAUCAAGUGAUGGUUUUCAGCAAAAGCUACUGCCCGUAUUGUACGAAGGUGAAAGACCUGUUCACAGAGUUGAAUGUCAAGUGUAACGUGGAGGAGUUGGACCUCAUAGAGGAUGGAACCAGUUACCAGGAGAUGCUGCUUGAGAUGACUGGACAGAAAACGGUUCCUUAUGUCUUCAUCAACAAGACACACCUUGGUGGCUGUGACAACACAAUGCAGGCUCAUAAAAAUGGCAGCCUGCAGCAGCUACUGGGUUGUGACAGUGAAUCAUACGACUACGACCUUAUCGUCAUCGGAGGAGGAUCUGGAGGCCUGGCCUGCUCAAAGGAAGCUGCCCUGUUGGGGAAGAAGGUCAUGGUGCUGGACUUUGUCGUGCCCACACCUAAAGGGACUACCUGGGGCCUUGGAGGAACUUGUGUGAAUGUGGGCUGCAUUCCCAAGAAGCUGAUGCACCAGACGGCUCUGUUGGGCACAGCCAUGCAGGACGCACGCAAGUAUGGCUGGGAGUUCGAUCAGACAGAGAAACACAACUGGGAGACAAUGAGGACGGCAGUGAACGACUACAUUGGCUCAUUGAACUGGGGUUACAGGUUGUCGCUGAGAGACAAGCAAGUCAACUAUGUCAAUGCCUACGCAGAGUUCAUUGAACCACACAAAAUCAAGGCGACAAACAAACGAGGGAAGGAGACAUUUUACACCGCAGCUAAUUUUGUCUUGGCUACGGGCGAGAGACCCCGCUACCUGGGUGUUCCUGGAGACAAGGAGUACUGCAUCACCAGUGACGACCUUUUCUCGUUGCCUUACUGCCCUGGAAAGACCCUGGUGAUCGGGGCGUCGUAUGUGGCUUUGGAGUGUGGUGGCUUCCUAGCUGGCUUGGGUCUUGAUGUCACCAUAAUGGUCCGAUCCAUCCUGCUGAGGGGCUUUGACCAAGAAAUGGCCAACCGUGCCGGAGAGCACAUGGAGGAACAUGGUGUUAAAUUCCUCCGGAGAUUCGUCCCUGUCAAAAUAGAGGAGCUGGAAGCAGGUGCUCCUGGAAAGCUGAAGGUGACGGCUAAGUCCACAGAAACUGAUGAGAUCAUCGAGGGAGAAUACAACACUGUGUUGAUAGCUGUGGGCCGUGACGCAUGCACUGACAAGCUUGGUCUGGACAAGACAGGGGUCAUGGUCAACCCUAAGAAUGGCAAGAUUCCAGUGAACGAUGAAGAGCAGACCAAUGUGCCUCACAUCUACGCCAUUGGAGACAUUCUGGAGGGCAAGUGGGAGCUGACACCUGUUGCCAUCCAGGCUGGCAAACUGUUGGCACGACGCCUCUAUGCAGGAUCAAGCCUCAAGUGUGACUACAUCAAUGUGCCCACAACUGUUUUCACUCCACUGGAGUAUGGUGCCUGCGGUCUGUCGGAGGAGAAAGCUACGGAGCUCUACGGACAGGGCAACAUUGAGGUGUUCCACACUCUGUUCUGGCCUCUGGAGUUCACUGUGCCCGGCAGGGACAACAACAAGUGCUAUGCCAAGAUCAUCUGCAACAAACUUGACAAUGAUCGAGUCAUUGGGUUUCACUACUUGGGUCCCAAUGCAGGAGAGGUGACGCAGGGUUUCGGUGUAGCCAUGAAAUGUCGUGUCACCAAAGAACAGCUGGACGGCACCAUCGGCAUCCACCCAACCUGUGCUGAGGUCUUCACCACUUUGGAAGUGACCAAGAGAUCUGGUGGAGACAUCACCACUGCAGGCUGCUGAGGUUAAACCCUGCUAGUUUAGCAGGCUGCUCUCAUCCAGAUCCUCACUUUACUCCGCACUUGUUUCUCAGGACAAACCAAACAACACAGCAAGUGUCUGAAGCAGUGAUCGUGAAGAAUGUAGAGCCCAGACUGUGGAAGUCUGCAGCUCAGGCUCUGUAACUGUGACAUGAGAGCAGCCCGCUGAACAGUGGGGUUACUUCGCUGCUGUUUUUUUGUUUUGUUUUUUCCCCACUGGCCACCUGUGUGAUGUUCUCAGAGGAGCUCCAACACCAGUCUGUGUGUGUUUGGGCUGUUUGUGACGUCCUGGCCCGUAACCACUAAUGAGGUGGGCAAGGAUCGAUGUCCCUCUGCAGCAGCAGCAACACCUGAUGGCUAACGCCCCUCUACCCCCCCCCCCCCCCCCCCCCCGCCCACGCACGCCGCCCCUUUGUCCUACCCCCAAAUGUAAAACACUUGGGCUUAAAUUGACUUAAAUAAAACAUGUAAAUGAACACACAGAGGGUUUGAAUGGAUGCUUGGCUCUGAAGUUAUUGUAACCUCAUUAUUUAAGUGGGUGGGUGUGUUUGUUUGUGUAUAGAUUAAAUGUAGGGAUGAAUUGAUACCAAUAUCACAAACUUGAGUAUCUACUGAUAUGGGAUAUCAGUCUGAUAGUCUUUAUCUCAAACAUGAAGCUUCAACAGCAGACACGUUCAGCUCACUCUUAUUCUGGUCACAUGGUGGCGCAUGUCUCUGCCUCGGCCUCCAUACUCACUUACUCACUUUUGCCAUCCCCAGCUGACAAAGGCCCAUUAGGUCUGAGCAAUUUAUCUAAACUAUCGAUUUUUCUGCCCUAUUUGAAUUGCUUCAAGUCUAUAAUGUGUUAUUAUAGAUUUAAAACAAGAUGAAGCCUUAUCACAUCAAAUUAUUAACAGCUAAUGCAAGAAUGAGAACUCAUGUUUCUAACGUGUAUGUAUUGUUAAAAAAAAACUAAUUGUAGUUCUGAUUUGAAAAUGAGAAAUUGUUCAGUUCCGAUGUUCUCUGUGCUCAGUGAAGCAUUUUUGUGAUAAUUGUGCUUUCAUCUCAGAUCCAGUGAUUUUUGACCAGUACCAGGCAGAUACUAAUAUUUAAUAUUGGAUCCACUCGUCCCUAAUUAUAUGCCAUCUUCUCUCAUUAUUUCACACAUUCCUCUUCCUGGGUCUUUAUAUAAAGCUUUGCUGUCUUCAUGUGUCAAUAUCCAAGUCAUGGAGAAUAUAUCUUUUGAUUUAAAAAAAAAAAAAUAAAUAAAUAAAUAAAUAAUCUGCACAGAUUAGGAGCCAGCACAUACAACACCUCAAACCCUCUGCUGUAUCACAAUCAUAAGAAGAUAAACCUAAAUUAUACUGUUUGAACAAAAACAUAUGCCUUCAUUAAAAAGCUUGUUUGUUGAAUCUUGCUGUCUGCCUCUGCACUAUCUGUAUGUUAAUGAUGUAUUCAGUCUUCUAGAGGACACUAUUCUGAUGGGUCAUCUGUAUAAACAACUUGUUUGUUGGUGUGGAGCCACUGGAGCUUAUGUUUCUCUCAAGAUUUAAUAAAGGAAUAGUUCACCUUCA